AUGAACCCAAAAGUGAGAAGCUUGUUCAAGCAGCUCAUAUAUAUGGGCAAAGAUUAUCCUGCUGACUCUGGAGGUUAUAGCAAGUUUAGCAACAACCUCAAGAAUGCUUUCAGGAAUACACCCGCAAACACAGAGGAGGAGUUGGAAGCAGCCUUGAAAAGAGGCGAAUACGUGAUAGAAGAACUAAAGGCGCUAUACUUUCUUCGAAGAUACCGACACCUCAAAAGGACAUACUACAAUGAAUAG